AUGCCGUGGAAUAAAGGAAGCCGAAGUGAAAAGAUAUUUGUAGAUUUGAAUAUAAUCUAUGCAAAUGGGAAUGAGUAUUCAUUUGAAGAGCUCAGAGCAAAAAUUCGUGAAUAUGAAGUCAAAACCAAGGUCGAGUCUACCAACGAUCGAGCCGCAGAAUCGCAAGCACCGCAAAGCAAGGGUAUUACCCAGUUAUCCAACAAAACGAAUAGUGAAUGUCAUGAACAAACAAUUCCCAGGAUGAGUCCUACAUUGUUGCACCCCAAGAAACUUUUCAAGCGACCUUCUCCAACUAUCAACACAAAAGCCGCCUUUGCAGAUAUAAUGGAGUUGUUCAAUCAGCCGCUGAACUGUGAACACAGUGAUGAUUACAAAGAGGAUGAGAAUAGUGAUAAGUCGAAUGAUCAAACACCAAGACGUAAAAAAUCGGAUGUUCCUAGGACACCACAAAAUAAUUGCGUUACUCCUGUAUUUAAAGGCAGUGCCAAAAAUGAUGCCCUCGAGAACUGCUCUAACUUGCGCGACAAUAAUCGCAGGGUUCCAUUUGAACUGAUGACACCAAUACAGGAAACAAGUCGGGAGUAUAAAUCAAAUUGCACGACGCCGUUUCGUCUGUCAGAAG